AUGCAAGCUCCAGUGGUGUUUAUGAAUACCUCCCAAGAGAGGACAACUGGCAGAGAAGCCCAGAUAUCCAACAUCACCGCUGCUAAGGCUGUUGCAGAUGUUAUCCGCACUUGUUUAGGGCCUAAAGCCAUGCUCAAGAUGUUGCUAGAUCCAAUGGGCGGUUUGGUGCUAACAAACGACGGACAUGCUAUUUUGCGUGAGAUUGACGUAGCUCACCCAGCAGCUAAAUCAAUGUUGGAACUGUCGCGCACACAAGAUGAAGAAGUGGGUGACGGCACAACAACCGUGAUCAUCUUGGCAGGUGAGAUCUUGGCCCAGUGUGCCCCGUACAUUAUCGAAAAGAACAUUCAUCCAGUCAUCAUCAUCCAGGCCCUAAAACGCGCCUUGAGCGACGCUUUGGAAGUUGUCAAGCAAGUUAGCAGACCAGUGGACGUUGAAAACACGGAGGCGAUGAACAAACUGAUUCAGGCCGCAAUCGGUACGAAGUACGUGAACCACUGGUCCGAGAAGAUGUGCGAUCUGGCGCUUUCUGCAGUCAGGACUGUUCGCGUUGACCAGGGGGCUGUAGAUGACGACACAAACCGCUACGAGAUCGACAUCAAAAGGUACGUGCGCGUUGAAAAGAUCCCAGGUGGCGACGUAUUGGACUCCCGCGUCCUCGAAGGUGUUAUGCUAAACAAGGAUGUCGUGCAUCCAAAAAUGUCUCGUUAUAUUGAAAAUCCUCGUGUGGUCUUGUUGGACUGUCCACUGGAAUACAAGAAGGGUGAGUCUCAAACAAACAUAGAAAUCACACGCGAGGAAGACUGGAACCGUAUUCUGCAGAUUGAAGAAGAACAGGUGCAAUAUAUGUGCGAACAAAUCCUUUCCGUAAAACCAGACCUUGUCAUCACUGAAAAAGGUGUUUCGGACCUGGCUCAGCACUUUUUGCUCAAGGGCGGUUGUAGUGUGUUGAGACGUACUAAGAAGUCGGACAACAACAGAAUUGCUCGUGUUACCGGUGCUACCAUUGUCAACCGUGUCGAGGACCUCAAAGAAUCUGAUGUCGGAACAAGAUGUGGCGUUUUCAAGGUUGAGCUAAUCGGUGAUGAAUACUUCACAUUUUUGGAUAAGUGCAAAGACCCACAGGCCUGUACUGUGAUGCUGAGGGGCGCUUCAAAAGACAUUCUGAACGAAAUCGAACGUAACCUACAAGACGCGAUGGCAGUUGCCCGCAACGUCAUGCUAUCGCCUUCUCUUUCCCCAGGCGGUGGCGCUACCGAAAUGGCAGUCUCUGUUAAAUUGGCAGAGAAGGCUAAGCAACUAGAGGGUAUCCAGCAGUGGCCUUACCAGGCUGUUGCAGACGCUAUGGAAUGUAUUCCACGUACUUUGAUUCAAAAUGCUGGUGGAAACCCCAUUAGAAUCCUCUCACAACUCCGUUCUAAGCACGCACAGGGAAACUAUACUGCAGGUAUAGAUGGUGAUGCCGGUAAGGUUACUGACAUGGUUGAAUACGGAGUGUGGGAACCUGAAGUUAUAAAGCAGCAGAGCAUCAAGACAGCGAUAGAGAGCGCGUGCUUACUGCUGAGAGUCGACGACAUUGUCAGCGGUGUUAGAAAACAGGAGGAAUAA